UAACCAAAAGUAGUUGAAGAUAGCCAGCAUCAGGCAUGGAGACGGUGGUGAAGAAAUACCAGCAAAAGUUUAGGAAAAUUAGGGACGAAAUAAAUCGAUGGGAUGAGCUUCAAUCCCGUUUGCUCUCUCAGUUCAGAAACGCUUCUGCAAUAAUCGAGAGAUUGCAGGUACUGCAGGAGCCCAAAAAUUAUGGCCGUUUGACAUGUGUUAAUGGCAUCAGGGAGGCAAUUUUGGGGAAGCAGAUGGAAUCUCUGCAAACCAUUUUGAUUUCUAUGACGAAAACAUGUGAAGAGUUCCAUGGUAUCGUUGUAUCUCUUGAAAAGAUUCUUCGAGAUGGCAGACAACAGGUAAAAGGGGGUUCAAUGUCACCUGGCACGAACCAAAUGCAAUUGCGAAUUGGGAUACGGCCAAGUCUAGCAGAUUGUUUGGAGGGGCUUAGACUUAUCCAUGAGAUGUACCACUCAGAGUAUCAGCUCAAGUUAUCAACAGUCUCAGCACUUACUUUGAAACUCAGUGCGAGUGAUGUAGGGGCACUCCAUCAACUGUUGGUUGAUCAACCUAAUAUUCCCAAAGAGGAAGUGAAGUCCAUUUUUGACAUCAUAUUGGCUGAAGAAAUCUGUUGAACUUUAUGCCAUCUGUAAUUCCUUGCCAGUUUGGGGUUUUUGAUUGCUGGGAAGCUUGUUGAGGAAACAUACAGAAGCAUUCUGUUUAGUUUUAAUUGCUGAUAGGGCGCAUCAGUUGAAUUGAAGUCCAUCAUUCAGGAAACAUACUGCAUGUGAAUAACAGUAUAACAGUAGGAGCAAACUCUAGAAAUUCCUUGGCUGUAACAGGAUUCAUUUCUUAUGUAUUUGGAGAAAAAUAGAUCAAAUGGUUUUGAUGUUUUUGUUGGAUUGAUUUUUCAGUC